UAGCAUUUCAUGUUCCCAUGUUCAGUGUUCAUGGGAAACUGUACAUUGUCCCCCUGUUAGUCAUCAUCAUCUGAUCAGAGUAUUAGUUAUUCUCCACAAUUACUGAUCAACCUGACUGAGUGUUAUAGGCUAAUGUUAAAUCCGGAGUGUGUGGACUGAGUGUGUGUCAAUGGGGAACAUAAGAGUGUUUCCGCUCAGGUAAGAGCCUCGUCCGUCGCAUUCAUGCAUGUUUUCACAGUGUCCGGCUGUUGGUUUAGUGCUUUAAAGAGCCUCUCGCUUGUCAAACUCAAUGUGACGGGUUAGUGUUCGGCCUAGUGUGCUCUGUCAGAGCUGUGGAGAUUCCCUCAGGCACACAGAGAGUUAAAAACAGCCUUUUUAGCCACAGCCUUUCCAUGUGAACUGCCUUCGUUCGCGUUUUCCCUCUCUGCGUAUCAGCUCUGAAAGCACGCCGUGAGAAAAUGAGGUGAAAUCCUGUGGAGAGAGAAGAACAGAAGUGCUUUACUCCUUCCUUCCAGUCCAUCAGCUCUAAGCGGACAGACUGAGGAUCCCUCACAUGAUAGUGCUUACACACACACACACACACAUCUCUCUCUGGCGGAUACACUCCCUCGACUGCUCUGGGAACUUGGGAACAGCAUCUCAUGCUGGUGUGAAGACUUUCCGUGGCACUCAGGACUCAAACAGGUCGAUGGCGAGGAUCUCCACUCAUGUGUUCCUGCUGGUCUUGACCGCGGUCCUCGUGGUGUGUGAGAUCGUGGUCGGCCGAAUCUGCAGAUCGCUCCUGAUCGCGGUGGACAGCUUUCACACACUCUACGUCUUCUUACAUCUGUCCCUGUCGGCAUUGAAGCGUCAUCCCAGCUUUACCUCUCUUCCGGAUGAUGAGCGUCUCUACAGAAGCAAGCGUCUCGAGCCCUUCGGCGUCCUCAUCUCAGCGCUUCUGAUGGCGUCUCAGUGUGUGUCCAUCAGUCUGGAGAUCCUCACACACCUCGUGCAGCCAGAAGCCGUUCAACACCCGCUCUUGUCUAUAGUGGUCGGAGGAGCGAGUCUGAUGUUCAAUACACUCGUAUUGGCCUGGAGGAGCAGUGGAGCUCAUGACGGGGUCAAUAAAGAUCAUCUCCAGGAUGACGCACUGAUGUUCUGCAACCCUGAAGCCUCUAGUGUUCUGGAUCCAGAUCAAGGCUCUUCUGAGUCUCCAAACCUCAGCGACACUAAACCAGUUCCUGAGUCCAGGAUCAGUGAAACAUCCAUCCAGAAACUUCCAGAAGAGCCUCGUCACCCGACCGGCACCGAACCCACCGUUCCCCGCUGUACUCCUGGAGUGUCCGGGUUCAGAGGCCUCAUCCUCGGUGUGGUCCAGGACCUGCUGUGUCCACUCCUCGUGUUGAGCACCGGGCUGGUUCUCCUGCUGUCCGAGGCGCACUGUCACCGGCCUCACUCGGACUGUCAUCUGCUGGUGUACCUGGACGCGGGUCUCUCCUCGGCCGCGGUGCUGGUGCUGUUGUCCGCGGCCGUGCCGAAGCUCCACCGCUACGGGCUGCUGGUCCUGCAGGCGGUGCCGCGGCACGUGUGCGUCGGUCAGGUGCGUCGCUGCGUCCGUGCGGUUCCCGGCGUGUUGUCGGUUCACGAGCUGCACGUGUGGGAAAUGUCCGACGCGCUGCUGGUCGCGUCGCUGCACGUGCACUGUCCCGACGCGCUGGACGCAACGCAGUGUGAAGACCUCAUAGCGAAGAUUAAACAGGUUCUGGGCUCGUUCGGCAUCGAGCACUGCACCGUGCAGCCCGAGCUCCUCCCCGGGCCUGCCGGCGCGUCCGUCUGCAGUCUGCGCUGCGGGAAACAGUGUGUGGAGAAGCUCUGCUGUUCCCAACAACUGGCGGAUGACGAAUCCCACAUUCCCAAGACGGAGAGUCCCGUGUGUGUCUCUCCAGCGCCUCAGACUGAGGAUGAGAUGGUCAGAGAUGUGGUUAUUGAGAACACCUACCUCUGAUUUAACGAGGUUGUUGGUGUUUCUGUGAGCUGACAGCGUUGCAAUUACUGUACAUGAUGAAGACUCCAGCAAUAAACGCCUUUAAUAUAUACAACAACAAAAGAAAGUUGAAUUUAUCACUACGGAGGAGGCUCAGGUCAAAUCACCAUAUAGCGCAUUUUACAAUAUGAAUUACGGAAGCAUAUUGCAUUCACUUGAGGAAACAAAUCUGUUUUUCUGAAUUAA